GGGAACUAAAACUAGUACUAAGCAGUAGUAAAUACUAAAAAGUAAGGUUGUUGGCCGAGAGCCUCUCUCUCUCUCUCUUUCUCCAGUUGUUGACUUGCGCUCUGUCAUUCCCCUUCCCUCUGUGUCUCUCUCUCACUCUCUCCCUCUCCGUCUCCCUCUUCCCUCCCUCCCUCUCCUUCUCUUCCAUCCAACCCUUCCCUCCUUUUCCUUGCUCUCAUGGUCAGUGCUGCCCUUCUCCUCCGCGAUGUCUGGAUUAAAUCCUUUCCGCCCUAAGAAGCCCGAGAAUACCUUCGCUGCUCCUGCUCCUGCGCCGGCGCCUCCUCUGCCUCCGUUCCAAUCUCAACCUCAGCCCUCCUUUACCUCGCAUCCCUCGAAGCCCGUUCCCUCCGUGACCUUCCCUUCCACCUCCUUCCGCUCAGUCCCUCGAACCCCUCCCGCAUCCUUGACCCCGGAUCCCGACGAUACGGCCUCCUCCGAUGACCAGUCUGCUUCGGAUCCCUUCCACCAGCACUCGUAUGCGACCGAUGACGAUGGAGAGGCGGAGGACCAAGAGGACAUUGAUGACUUAGACUCCAAACGCACCUACCAGGUCGCUCACCCACCUUCCCGGGACGAUGAUCGCUCCCAGCCAUCGAUCAGGACCGUUCCAGACCCAGCCUUAUACUCCAGGAGAUCCGCGCCGCCCGGAGCCAUCACACUCCCAGCGCAGAGGAGCACCCAUGAUCGUCCAGCAGACCUGGAACAGGCUGGCACGCCCCGCGAGAAUGCGCCCGUAGCUGCUUCGAAUGUGUCGACGCGUUCAUCCACGUCCUACGGAGGCACCCGGACGCCCGACAGCAGCUCCACGGAUGUAUCUCGACCUUCCGACCUGCGGACCGGACCAGCUACUCGAGCUGGGUCGGGCUUGACCCCAUCAUUAGAUCCCAGCUCACGUCCUCUUGCCAGCCGUCCGAGUAACAGGGACCGGAUACCUCCGCCUCCGCCCAAGAGUCAUCAUGGAAAACGGAUCGCCCCCAGCCCUGGCGUCACACCCUCGCUCACCCAGACCACCCCUGGCAAGGCGACCAACCGCUUCUCUUUCCAUGGCUCCCCAUCUGAGCCAUCCUACUCCCCCCGACCACCUCAAUCGGGGUCCGACUAUUUCUCCGCUAAGCCCAAAGACGAGCCGCCGUCGACUGAGCAGUCGACAGAGUCCCUCCGGCGGAGUCAAUCGCAGCAUAAGCGGCCCCCAACUCCGCCGCUGAGUCGACGGCACAGUCAGAUGAGACGGUCGAAGACCACCAUGUCCAAAGUCAACCCAUUACGGUUAUCCAUCCAUGUAGCACAGGACUCGAGCGCGGCAUCAUCGUCAUCAUCGCCGCCACCCAGUCCAAGUGGCUGGUCCCUGAACCCAGCACGAACUCGGGAGUCCCGUACGGGCAGUACCCCGUCCGAGGAGCCCAUGCAUACUGCAACUUCAACCCUGCGUCCGGAGCCCUCUGCAGCCGCACCGGUGUCGCCCACAGAAACGUCACAGUCGACGUCAACAGGAUCGUCGACGAAGCGGACCUCGCUUUACAACCCCCUCCCCCCGCCUCCGCCGCCGCGACGCUCUCGCGGAUCGAGCAACCACAGCAUUGACAGCAGCGGCCAGAGUCUCCGAUCGGGCAAACCAGCCGACGAGACGACGGCGGCACCGGCAGCGCCAGCAGCACAGGACGAGUUCGUCCCGCAUCCAUCAAACGCCCAUGAUAUCCUGGCCGAUUUGAGCCGGUUACAGAAAGAAGUAGACGAUUUGCGCGGGCAUUACGAGAGCCGAAAGGCCAGCCAAUAGGCCGAUUAAGAAGUCCAGCCCCGUAGGGUGCUCGACUUAGUUCCUAUCCCUAUCUCUCUUUCCCUGUCCUUCUGCAGAAAGUGCAAGUAUUAAAAGAGGCACAGCCAUCGUAGGGAGUGAGAGUGAGUGAGUGAGUGAGUGAGUGUACAUGGACAUGUGACGUGAAUGAGUGAUGAAGCAUAGCGCUUGGUUUUUUGUUCC